GCACUACUGUAUGGGCAAAGGCGAGUGCGAUGACACACACUCAGAAAAAGCUUGGAGUACUUCUUUUUUUCCUUUUGCGUCGAUGCGUAUUUGCGCAUGAGCCAGCAGUAUACAGUCAGAUCUUGUAUAGAAGGAGCCAGCUCAUUUUUGGGAGUUCACUAUGUGAAAAUUGAGUCAAUGGGCACCCGGAGCGCGGUUCAGUGGAUUAUGGAUGCGUUCGAGGAAAGCGCGGCUGUCUAAGGAGAGGAGGCAGCACCAUGCACGCAGCGGACUUAGCGUGCGUCGCCUUGCUGCUGGCCAUUAUUGCGGUGUCGCUGCUGUCCAACCUUCUGGUGCUGAUUUGCUUCGUCAACAACCCGGAGAUCCGCAAACAUGCCCCCGCUCUUUUCAUUCUCAAUCUGACUUUCUGCAACCUGUUGCAGAGCGUCUCCAACAUGCCGCUCACCCUGGCGGGGGUCCUCACAUCGGGCCAACAGCCCCGUGGAGCAGCGGGAGGCGGAGGCGGUGUGUGCCAGACAGUGGGCUUCCUGGACACCUUUCUUACCACCAACUCCAUGCUGACCAUGGCGGCGCUUAGCAUCGAUCGGUGGGUGGCGGUGGUCUUCCCGCUGAGCUACCACUCCAGGGUGCGACAUCGGGACGCGGUGGCGGCGCUGGGCUACACCUGGGCGCACUCACUCUGCUUCUCCGCCGCCGCCUCCUGCCGCUCCUGGGUGGGCUACCACCACUUAUACGCGUCGUGCACACUGCGCUGCGCCAAGGCCAAAGGGGUUGGGCUGCACUACAUCGUUUUUACGGUGACCCUGCACGCGCUCAGCUUCCUGCUCGCUCUAGUGGCCAUGUGCGUGACCUACUUGAAAGUGCUCCGAGUGGCCAGAUUCCACUGUAAGCGCAUCGACGUGAUCACCAUGCAGACACUGCUACUGCUCGUGGACAUUCACCCCAGCGUCCGACAGAAGUGCCUGGAUGAGCAGAAACGAAGGAGGCAGCGGUCCAUAAACAAGAUCAGCACCUUUAUUGGCACGUUUGUCAUUUGCUUCACACCGUACGUCGUCACCAGAAUGAUAGAGUUGUUCUCCCCGAAUCACAUCAAUGCUCAGUGGGGUGUGCUGUCCAAAUGCUUGGUGUACAGCAAAGCAGCCAGCGACCCUUUUGUCUACUCGCUGCUCCGCCACCAGUAUAGGAAAACCUACUGCCUCCUGGCUCGCAAGAUCCUCGGCAGAAGCCGGCGGGACUCCUUCUCCCCUGCGUUGAAGGCCAACCCUAGGAGGAACCCGAACAGCCAGAAUACUGCCAACACUUCUGGUGAUCACGUCCAAGAGCCCGGCAGCAAGCCAUCUCUUGGCCACUGAAGCAGAGCCUGGGAUUGUAUAUUCCCCUACUGGAAAUGUCUUGUGUUUUCUUUUGUUCCGAGGAAGUUGUGGUGACAUUUCCACUGGUG